GUGGCCGGUAUGGUGGCAUUCUACAUUGUGACAAAAGGUGAACAUCCCUUUGGAGAAGAACCUGACCGACUUCGCAACUUACUUGAUGGUAACCCAGUUUAUUUGGAUAAGUUGAAGAAAGAUCCUGCUGCAAAAAAUUUGAUAUCCUGGAUGCUGAGCCACGUUCCCAAAGAUAGACCUUCAGCUCAAGAAGCCCUAAAACACCCUUAUCUUCAGUCCAAGGAAAAGCAGUUUGAAAUGCUGUGUAAAGUGGGAAAUCAGUCUGAGAUCAAGACAGGGGAUGUCAAAUCAAAUGUCGUGCGACAGUUGAAUAGCGACACCAAAGAUUGGAGAUCUCUGAUGAAUGCCGAUGUUCUGAAGUAUUUAAGCACUGAUCCUUCAAACGGGAGAACAUUUCGUUACAAGCCAUUGUGGACGGAUUGUUUGCGACUUAUCCGAAAUAUCAACGAACACUGGCAGGACCGUCCACGUCCAAAGCCUCAACCCGAAGCAUUCUAUUUAGUGGGCGAUCCUCAAGAGUACUUUCUUAACGUUUUCCCCAAUCUUCCUGUCGUGGUACACGAAAUUAUCAGGUCAUGUGAUUGGAAAGAACGAUCUGACCUUCAGAAGUACUUCAGUUGA